UACUUAUGCCAGUGUUGUCCAAUAAAGCCUAAAGAGUUCGAGACUCAAGCAGAGCUGAACGCACAUGAACAAGAAAAGCCGUACGAAUGUGCUUACUGUAAGAACCGUUUUAAGAACGAAAAUGAAGUGGAACCACAUCUCAAUGGCGUCCAUCUUCGCUGGUAUUCUUGGUCAUGUUCAGCACUUCCUGGUUACUCUGAUGCAUUUCAGAAUUAUCCUAAAAAGUCAAACGAGACAGACACAUGUGGAUAUUGUGGCGAGGAUUUUCCACGCUCUGGGUCCGGACUCGGAGUGCCGAUGGCAACAGAUGAAGACUGGGAAGUGCGGAUAAGACAUCUACAGGAAAUUCACCGGUUUGGAGAGUGCAAUCACGACAAGAAGUUCUGGAGAAGAGAUCACUUUGGGCAGCAUUUGAAGAAUAGCCAUUUUGCCACAAGUGGCAAAUGGAGGGAAAUGCUAGAAAAUGCGUGCAUGCGAGACGAG